AUGGAUUCUGAUAAAGCAACCGAAAAUUCUUCUUCUGAACAGUUUGACAAUAAGGGGCGUAUUACUAAUGAUGAGCGCAACUUAAUUGUUUCGUUUGUUCAAUUUUUGCGUCAUAAAGUUUCGGCAAAUCAAUGCACGGAAGAUCAGGAGGCUCAAAUUGAAGUUGCUACGCAAUGCUUGGAAGGUGCUUUUGGAGUUUCGGACAAGAAUUAUGCUUUUCAACCAUCAAAGCCUUUAAUUGACAUUUUUAAAGCGGCUGAGGGAUUGCCUGAUGGGGAUGAUGAAUUUCCAACACCAACUGAAGCUGAGAUUGCUCAAGCAAACAAACUUAAAGAAGAAGGGAAUGAUUUGGUUAAACAAAGCAAAUUUGAUGAGGCUAUUUUGAAAUAUAAUGAUGCUAUUAAAUUGAAUAGAGAUCCUGUCUAUUUUUGCAAUAGGGCCGCUGCUUAUUGCCGACUUGAACAAUAUGAUUUGGCUAUUCAAGAUUGCCGUACUGCGUUGGCAUUGGAUCCAAAUUAUGCUAAAGCUUAUGGACGAAUGGGUGUUGCUCUUUCCUGUCAGAAUCGUUAUGACCAGGCUGUGGAGGCAUACAAAAAAGCAUUAGAAAUUGAUCCAUCUAGCGAAAGUUAUAAGAACAAUUUGAGCAUUGCAGAAGAAAAAUUAAGUAAAGCUCGUGAAACUUUUGCAAAUAAUCCACAGGAUCCGUUAGGUGCUUUAGGAGGUUUUGGUGCACUUUUUAACAAUCCUGAUUUGGCUAGAUCUAUUGGAGCAAUGAUGCAGGAGCCAGGAGUACGCAAUAUGAUGCAAAAUGUUAUGCAGAAUAUGUUUGGAGGAGGUGCAGCUGGUGGAGAUGGAAAUCAACCAGGAGGAGGUGGAGGUAAUCCAAUGGCUGAUAUGCUUCGGGCUGGAGAGGCGAUGGCAAGCGUUAUCAAUCAAUCAAAUCCUCAAUUAGUUGAAAUGCUUCGAAGACAAUUUGGAGGUGGUGGAGAUGGAAAUAAUGAGAAUAAUGGUGGUGGUGGAGGAAAUAAUAACAGUAAUGGAGGAGGACAGCCACCACCUUAAUUUUGGUUAAUCUUUUAAAUGAGUAAAAAAGGAUAUUUAUCAUUAAAAAGGCUUGUGUAAAAUUUAGGUUGGACGUAAAUUUUUUAUGUUGCUUUUUGGGGGUUAUUAUUUCUGCGGUUUUUGGGGGCUGAAAAAUACUUUUUUUGGAACUUGGUAUCAAGACGUUGUCCUUCAAAAUUUCCACUAUUAAUAGAAAAAAUUUACGU